AUGGCUGCCAACAAUACGCUGGAGGUACUCUUUGUGAGUAACACCAACGAUAAUCAAUUAUCCUGCUCGGCAUGGGAUUUUCGUACCGGUACAAAUUUAAUGAAUUAUAAGGGAGGCGGAGGUGGUGCUGCUCUACAUACCCUCUCGGUUCUACGUUCCGAGUACAUUGUGGCUGGCAAUCAAACUAAACCGCUGUUACAUGUUUGGCCCAUAAAUGCUCAGGAACAAAUGACGGCCAUACGUUUUGUUGUCCCGGGAACAGUUACGGCUUUGGCUUUAUCGCCCGAUGGCAGUUAUAUGGUGGCUGGUAUACAGGAAACCCUUUAUGUAUGGCAUGUUUUGACAGGUCGUAUGAUGAAUACACUGUCAAAACAUUAUCAGACUGUGACCUGUGUUAAGUUCACCAGUGACGGAUCACAUUUUGUAAGUUGCGGUAAGGAUGGUGCAGUUUUGGUGUGGAAUCUUACACGUGUGGUGGCACAUGAGGAAAAUUUGGCUCCAUUGUACACCUUCAAUGAUCAUGGAUUGCCUGUGACAGAUGUUUAUGUUGGUACUGGUGGUAUGAGGGGAUAUAUGUUUACCGUUUCCCUAGAUCGUUCGUGUAAAAUAUACGAUUUGAAUAGUGGAACUCUGCUCUUGAGUGUUGUCUUUGCUGAGGGUCUACAAAGUGUGACGGUAAAUGCAUUGGAAACUCAAGUGUUUGUGGGCACAAAUUCUGGAAGUAUUUUCGAUUUCUUUAUUAAUGAUGUGCCCAGAGUGAAGGAAUAUCAUUUUGAAGAGGCUCCAAAACAAUUCAUUGGUCACACCAAACCCAGUGUAGUAAAUUGUUUAGCAUUAUCUGCUGAUGGCAAGACAUUGGUAUCGGGAGCCAGCGAUAGCCAAGUGCUUGUAUGGAAUAUAUCCAGUAGGCAAUUGUUGAAGACAUUAACAUUUAAGGGAGCCAUUACAAAUCUUCAUUUGAAACUUACCAAUCCUGCCAUCUUUAAUCCCGAACACAAACAACCAUUAGUUUUUUCAGCCAGUUUAAAACGUAUGAUUGAUCCGGAAGGUGCUGAGGAAAUGCCCAUCGAAGUUAUGGUUGAUUCCAAUACAUUUGAUGAUGAAUGUGAUUAUAACACCACAAGACAAUUAUCGCAAGCAUCACCUAGUGCAUACCCAUUAACAAGCUCAGGGGUCCUGACUACAACCACAGACACAAAAUCCGAAGACAAAGAAGAAUUAAAGGCCUUGCGCCAAGAAAUCGAUAGACUGCGCCACAUAAAUAAGAAACUUUUUGAAGUUUCCAGCAAACAAUUGUUACGCGCUCAAAAACGUAAAUAGAUUAAGUUUUAGUAUUGUAAAUAUAAUUUUUGUAU